AUGAAUUCGGUGCUGCGGAUCAUUUUGUUGCUCCUUUUGAUGGAGAGCAUAUGGUCAGCCCCAGCCGAGAAGCAGAAACGAAAUGAGGAGACCAACGAGAUCGAGCAGCUCAUUGAGGAGGUAGAACACGCCGCGUCCACCGUGUCCUCUGUCGGUGAGCAGGUCAAGGAUCGGCUAAACCAACUGCGAGCAGCUGCCCUCCGCGAGGCCAACGUCACGGCUACGAAAAUCGUCUCCCGUGCCUGUACUACGGCAGAUUGCAAUGAACGGGGCACUUGCAUGGGGACACUCGAAAACUUUGUCUGUCUCUGUCAACUGGGCCAUUCCGGAAAGUUUUGUGAGGAUGCGGUCUGCGAUUCGAAUCGAGAUUGUAAUGGCAGAGGGUUGUGCCUCGGAACGGUAAAUCGUCUGAGUUGUCUGUGCAAUCUGGGAUUCACGGGAUCCCGCUGUGAGACCCUGAUUGCA